AUGGGCGCACGACCGUACACUCUGUUCAAAUCGAUCUACACCAACAAUACAGAUCGUCAGCAAGAGUAUUCGUUCAAAACCGAAAGAACCACCGAGAGCGUAUGCAGUAUCACUCGAGAACAAGGCUACAUGAUUGGAACUGAAGCCGAACUGACACUAAAAACUCCUUGUGAAAUCGCCGAGAUGAAAGCCGGUUUCAAACACGAAAUGCAAUUCAAUAACGUUAAUGAGAAUGCAAAAAGCGAGCUGCUAUCGUGGGGAGUGGAUAGCAAUGUUGUGGUACCAGCACAUUAUAUCACUGAAGCAUCGAUCAUUAUUGAAGAGAUGAAUUACCAAGGCACUUACACAGUUACCACUACUCUAUCGGGUUUUGUUACGAUCUCAAUAAGAAGGAGGAAAGACGGUGCCCUUGUUUUGCCGUUGACAAUGAAUAUCGUAGAAGUGUUCCGAGAGUAUCUAGACUCCCGAAACGCUCGAAAGGAAGUGAAGGCGGCAGCGAUGAUUCUCGACAACAAGUCCGUGCGGAUAAUCUCAAAAGGAAAAUGCCAAUUCCAGUUUGCCCUUAAACAGCGAAUCGAUCUCAAAGAAGAACCACUGGGCGAUAAAGAGAAAAUGAUGAUCGACUAA